GCCGCACCAGCAGCUGCCGCACGACAAGCUCCCUCUCCCUCUCUGUCUCUCCGAGAAAUCGCGACCUAAUUCAUAAUCACAACAACCGCCUUCCGUCUCUUUCUGCGCUGCCCGCGGCUGUCUAUCUCGUUGAAGCUAUCUGUGCGGCGUGGAGUGUUGCAGUCUUACAGCCUUUUGCUUCUUAUUUUGUAUAAGAACAAUAUCCGCAAAUCAUGUCGCGAGUUUGUGUGAAAAACUUGCCCAAGUAUGUAGUGGAGGACCAUCUGAGAGAAUUCUUCUCCCAGAAAGGGGAAGUGACAGAUGCCAAGCUUAUGCGCACCAAGGAUGGGAAGAGUCGGCAAUUUGGGUUUGUGGGUUAUAGGACGGAGCAUGAAGCUGAGGAAGCCAUUAAGUAUUUCAACAAAUCUUUCAUGCAUACUUCCAGAAUUACUUGUGAGCCAGAUUGCUCGGAAGGUUGGAGAUCCUGAUAUUCCUCGUCCUUGGAGCCGACACUCAUUGAAGCAAAAGGAGAAUUUGUCUGCAGAAGAAAAAAAUGCAACUGUUUUUAAAGUUUCUAAAGCCUUAGAACAAGAGGGGAAGACUAAGAAAAGUGUCAAGGAUGAUGACACCGAUGACCCCCAAUUUCAAGAGUUUCUUGAGGUUAUGCAGCAUCGUAGCAAGUCAAAAUUGUGGGCAAAUGAUACAGUAGCCGCAGUCUCUCGUGAGCAAAGUAAUCCGGUGCCAGAUAACAAUUACAAGACGGAAAAAGGAGAAGAAAAUAAAUUAGAUGGAGAUCUUGAAGGAACUGAAGGAGAACUGGAUGCUCCAUCUAAAAAAACAGACACACCUCAAAUUUUGGUUCAUGAUGAAGUUGUAUCCGACAUGGAUUAUUUCAGGAGCAGAAUUAAAAAGAAAUGGUCAGAUUCAGAAAGUAGUGAUACUGAGGGUAGUAUUGAUGGCACUGAUCAUAGUGAUAGUGAUAAUGAUGACAGUGGUGCGCAUAAAGAAAAGAACAACUGUGAUCCUGUUGAGAAUACACUUGAACCUGAUGUUUCUGGAGGGGAGGUUGAAAAUGGCUCCUCUAAAGAAUGUGAAAAUGGCUCAGAUGAACCAUCAUCCAGUCCGAAAAACGAUAAUGCUGAAGUUCUAGAAUCUAGCCGUCUGUUCAUCCGCAAUCUUCCCUACACUGCCACUGAGGAGGAACUAGAAAGUCACUUCAGCAAAUUUGGUACUGUGUCUCAAGUCCAUAUAGUUAUUGACAAAGAAACAAGACGCUCCAAAGGAUUUGCUUAUGUUCAAUUUGCUCUCCCAGAAUCUGCUGCUAGGGCUUUGGAAGAGAUGGACAGCUCAAUUUUUCAGGGGAGAUUAUUGCACGUCAUGCUUGCUAAACAAAAAAAGCCUUCCUAUGUACAAGAGAUUAAAAAUGAUGAAAGACCAUCUUCGAAAACACUCAAACAUAAGAGGACUGAUGAAAGGAAGGCAUUGGAAGCAGCAGGAAACACAAGGGCAUGGAAUAGUUUAUUUAUGCGUCCUGAUACUGUGGUUGAGAACAUUGCACGCAAAUUUGGUGUCAAUAAGAGUGAACUUCUAGAUAGAGAAUCUGAUGACCUCGCUGUUAGAAUUGCACUGGGGGAAACUCAGGUGAUUGCUGAGACUAAAAAAGCUCUAUCAAGUGCUGGGGUUAAUGUUGCCUCAUUAGAAGAGUUUGCUUCUGGUAAAACUGAUAGUCUAAAGAGAAGCAACCAUGUUAUAUUGGUGAAGAAUUUACCGUAUGGUUCAUCUGAAAGUGAAUUGUCAAGUAUGUUCGGCAAGUUUGGCAGCUUGGAUAAAAUCAUUAUCCCUCCUACUAAGACGUUGGCUUUGGUUAUCUUUUUAGAGCCUGCUGAAGCCCGUGCAGCUUUCAAAGGUUUAGCAUACAAGCGUUACAAGGAUGGUCCGCUGUACUUGGAAUGGGCACCUGGUAAUAUUCUUAGUCAGGCUUCGGCUGUUGAUGAUGACAAAGUUGUAGGUGAACUUGAUGUAAAGAAAGUUGUGCUGAAACAUCAGAUUGAAGAUAUUGCGGAAGCAGAUGUUGACCCUGAUAGAGUCGAGUCACGCUCGUUAUAUGUCAAGAACCUGAACUUCAAAACAUCCGAUGAAAGUGUGAAAAAGCAUUUCGUAGAGCACAUGAAGGGAGGAAAGAUACUUAGUGUCAGGGUCAAGAAACAUGUAAAGAAUGGGAAGAGUCUUUCAAUGGGAUUUGGUUUCGUAGAGUUUGAUAGUGUUGAUACAGCAGUGAAGGUUUGCAAGGACCUGCAGGGAUCUGUUCUGGAUGGGCAUGCCCUCAUCUUGCAACUUUGCCAUUAUAAAAAAGAUGAAACAAUUCCUAAAAAAAUUGAAAAUGACAUGAGUUCAACUAAAUUGAUUGUGAGGAAUGUAGCUUUUGAGGCAACUGAAAAGGAUCUGAAGCAAUUAUUUAGUCCCUUUGGUCAGAUAAAAAGAUUAAGGUUGCCAAUGAGGUUUGGCAACCAUAGAGGUUUUGCUUUCGUAGAGUAUGUCACAAAACAAGAAGCUCGGAAUGCCCUUGAAGCUCUCUCAAACACCCAUCUCUACGGUCGCCACUUGGUACUGGAGAGGGCAAAAGAAGGAGAGAGCUUAGAUGAAUUGCGAGCAAGAACAGCCGAGCAGUUCACUGGCUCUGCUAAGUUAUCUAAUAAAAGAAAGCACCUCACCCUACUAGAUGAAGGGAAUGUCAAGUUUCAACGAAUUGUGGAAUAGAAUUUUGUUAAGUAUAGUUUGUCUCAUUAACUUUGUUAACUCGAAAUGCGAAUUGUAUAAUUUUGAUAUUUGAAAACCAACAGUUUUGAGGGUAGUCUUGCGCCGCCGUGUAGCAGUUGAUGUAAAACUGGCAAUUUUGGGAUUUUUUCUUUCUUUUCGAGCUACUGAAGUUCUCUUACCCUAAAUUAAAAUUUGUGAAUGUUGAACGGGCUUGAAUGUGACAAUUUUAGUAUUAACUCAAGAUGUUGCGAAA